UCAAAGAUCUCUUCUGCUGUUCUGCUGUCUCCCCAUUGUAUCCCAACAACGAAGACAAAGAAUUCAUCCGAUAGAUCCAGUUGAGAAACAUGGGGAUCAGAUUCGUAUUGAUGGUGAACAAACAAGGUCAGACCCGUCUCGCCCAGUAUUACGAAUGGCUCACCCUCGAAGAACGCCGCGCCCUCGAGGGCGAGAUCGUCCGGAAGUGUCUCGCCCGCGCCGAGCAACAGUGUUCAUUUGUUGAGCAUCGCAACUACAAGAUUGUAUAUAGGCGCUACGCAUCACUAUUUUUCUUGGUUGGAGUUGACAAUGAUGAGAAUGAACUUGCAAUUUUGGAAUUUAUACAUCUCUUAGUUGAAACCAUGGACCGUCAUUUUGGCAAUGUGUGUGAGCUAGACAUCAUGUUCCACUUAGAGAAAGCACAUUUCAUGCUGGAGGAGAUGGUCAUGAAUGGGUGUAUUGUUGAGACAAGCAAGUCUAGCAUUCUAACCCCAGUUCAGCUGAUGGACAAAACAUCAUAAAGGGGAAAAAAAAGAAGAAGAGAAAUUCUAAAUUAAGCAGUAGUAAUUUUUUUUUUUUUUUGGGAGUCCUCAGUCCAGGCAGGUCAAUUGUGUUCUAUUCUUUUCCCGGACCCCUGUAUUUGUUCUGUUCUUUUAAUUUCUUUGGUUAUACAAUAAGGUGGUAGAACACAAAGAUUCCACAGUGUCCUUGAUAAAUGAAUUGAAUUUAGUGGCUUGUUGUGCCAUGUUCAGUAUUAAAGUGGUUCAGGUGCUGUUCGAUUUUCGUUUCUAGCCCAGCAUUCUUGACUAUGAUUUUCCUUUUAUUGACGUGUAUUUUGAAUUUUG